AUGGCUGCAGAUUCAACAAAUUCGACAACCUUCGAUAACACUGACGUAUAUUAUAGCUACCUACAGCGCCAGAUUAUAGCCGGUGUCAUCGGCCUCGUCUGCAUACUCGGCAUCGCGGGUAAUACCUUGGUCAUCCUAGCCGUAGCCCUAUCCCGCAAACUUCGCCACACCACCAACUACUUCGUCUUGAACCUGAGCCUGGCCGACCUGCUGACGUGUCUGUUCCUGCCGAUGGCUGUGGUGGCGUUGCUCAACGAUGUCUGGCCGCUGCCUGAUUUUUUGUGCAUCGCGACAGGUGCGGUCUUCGUCACCUGUCUGACGUGCAGCGUCAACUGCCUCGCUUGUGUCGCGUUUAACCGUUACAUCCUCAUCACCAAACCCAAAACCCUGUACCGUCGGCUGUACACGCCUCGGAGGACCAUCCUCGCCAUCAUCUUGGUCUGGUUUGUGCCUCUCUCUGUUGUUAUCAUCGCAGCCAGCACCAGGUACAUCAAGCUGGGAUUUGACUCUCAGUUCUCCUGCUGCGCCUGGGUGAUCUCCGAGUCGGACCCCGGCUUCUACUUCGUGAUGUUCUCCUCAUGCUGCCCUCUCCAGUUCGCAGUCCUAUCAUGGAGUUACGGGAACAUCUUCUACCACGUCCGCAAACACGCCAAAGCAGUUGCGCAUAUGGAGGGAACAUCAGGAGAAUCUGACACCACCGGAAGUAACGAAAGUCGAGGCAAUCCUCCGAUCCAGGCAGCACCGAGAAAACAGAGCAGUAAACUCCAAAUAGAAGUGACCAAGAAUUUGUUCUGUGUUGUCUGCGUAUUUCUGAUUUGCACAGCUCCAUUUGGUAUAAGUCUUAUUCUCGGUAAGAAUGGUCUGCGUCUUUACCCAAUCGGGGCUGCUUUACUUUGCUGCAACAGCUGCGUUAACCCGAUCAUUUAUGCGGCAAAACACCCGCAAUUCAGACUGGUUUUCAAGUCCAUACUCCUCUGCCGAUUUUCUGACAUUCCAGAGAGGGUACGCUUUUGUUGA